UGCCAAGGGGGCACACGCUGCAUUGAUCGGAAAUCCCCAUUGUCUCAGGCCUGCAUAUAUAGGCGCUCAAAGGCAGUCGUGUGCCUGACGCGAAGCCUCCACUCCCCUGCACUUGAGCGAAGACUGCUCCGCGUCCCCACGGGGUCAGAAGACAAGGGACCCCUUUGGCCCGGCUCUUGCACCAGGGCGUCUCCCUCCGCGCCAGCCUCAUCCCCGGGGGAUCCAGGUAAGCGCCCCCUUCGCCCAGAGCUUCCUUGCGCACUCGGAUCGAUAUCUGUGUUUUAAAGGGACCUGGGCGCCCCCGGCGCCCGCAGCUGCAGACCCAGGAGUCGCCGGGGACGCUGCCUGGUUGCCCAGAAUUAGACGCGGGCUCAGCCCCGCGGGUCCAUGUGAGCAGAUGCUGUGGGGCAGCGCGCCAGGCGCGGGAUGGAAACUGACGGGUCCCUGUGCGUUGGGUUUCCCUGCAGGAUGUCGCCCAAGACCGACUGCUCUCCCGGCGCCCCGGCGUCCAGCACAGGCGAGCGGUACUACGGCGCGCCUGCUGGUGAAGCCUCCCCUUCCUCCCUGGGCACGGGUAGCCUGUCUGCCUCGCCCAGCCCUCCCCGGAGCCGGCUGCAGGCAGGGGGCUGCCCUGCCGGAGCGGGACCCGGGAGGUUCCCCUCCCCGGACUCCAGGCAGUGCCCGCCGAAGAAGCAGAAGGCCAGACGGGGCCGCACGAAGGCCAAAAGCGAGGUGGUGCUGAGCAGGCAGAAGAGGAGCCGCAGGAUGAAAGCCAACGACCGGGAGCGGAACCGCAUGCACAACCUCAACUCCGCCCUGGACGCGCUGCGCAGCGUGCUGCCCACCUUCCCCGACGACGCCAAGCUCACCAAGAUCGAGACGCUGCGCUUCGCCCACAACUACAUCUGGGCGCUGACCGAGACCCUGCGCAUGGCAGACCACAGCCUGCUGGGCGUGGGGCAGCCGGAGCCGGGCAGGGAACCCUUCCGGCAGCCAGUGGAGCUGGCCAGUCCCGGCAGCCUCUCGCCCUGUGAGUGGGACUCGCUGUACUCUCCGGGCUCGCAGGCGGGCAGCCUGAGCCCCACUGACUCCCUGGAGGACGGGGGCGCUUACCAGGCUGCGGACACCCUGGCCUGUCUCCGACCCAGCCCUCACGCCUUCCCCGAGUUUGUCUGAGGCCACCGCUGUGUCCUGGGGACUCCCGCUCCCCCUUUUCUGCCCCUGGACUAGUUUGCAGCUGCAAACACAAAACGACGCACAGAUGGUCAAACCAUGGACACGCACCGCCCGCGGCCCCAGGAGGAGAAUGAUCUUUGGAGGGACUUUCUGAAAUCAGCUUUGCCUUAAAACAUACUGGGGGUCAAACCCCUGGCUGUGCACUUUCUAGGGCUCCUGCUAGAGCCGGAGCAGGUAGGGGGCGCUAGGAACGCGGCAGGUUUAGAGAGGGAUGCUUUUCUCUUUUUGUAAUCCGGGACCCUCUCCCUCCGGUAUGGGCGGUGGGGGUGUGUGUGAUCCAUGAGUCUCUGGCGGGUAAGUUUCAGACAAAGCUCUUUUUGAUGUGAGAUGGUCGCACGUCUUUAAAACAAAUCAAAUAUUCGUACUGGGAAAAGACUACUACUCAUGAAGGUAUCUGAAUCAGCUGAUUGUCUGCCUAUGGUACAGUAUAAAGAAAUCUACAGUUCAUUAGGUUUACAACAACAUGAAGGUCAAUGUCUCUGUUCUGAAGCAGUCAUUUGAAGAUGCAACUAACACUUGGGAAAUUCUGGAAACUGAUUGAACUGAGUGGAAAAUUAUAGUGGGAAGAGAAUGGUCAUCUUCUAGAAGUCUGAAAUGCAGAACUUCACACUGUUGAAUGCUUGUUAUAAUGCAAAGCCUCCUGUAUCCUUUUCUAUUCCACCAUCCCUACUCUGCUUUGCCGUCCUCUAAUUUCUUAUAAGUAGAAGUAGCCAUGAGCCAAUAUCCCAGAUAUAAGCAGCCCCAGACUUUGGGGAAGCUGAAUUCAAAUAUGGCUCAGAUAAAUCCCAUUUCAAUGGCAAGGACCAAAGAUGACAAUAGACUUUUACUGUCAAUGUAUCAUCUCACAAUAAGAUUUUAAAUAGAAAGAGCUCAUAUCCAUGGUAGUACAUACUCAUCACAAUAGAAAGCUGGGAUACAGGCAUAAA